AUGGAUGAUAUCGACGAAGGUGAGCAUAAUCAAUUUUCCAUUAUUCCAACCAUAUUCAAUCGCUCAGCAAGCAAUGAAGACAUCGAAGAUUUUGCAAUUUCAGAUGACCUAACACCUUCGCCAAUACCAGACGCACCCUUUCGAAAAAACCAUCAAUCGCAGUUCAUAGAUUGGCAUGCUAUGGAGUUUACAAAACCGGAUGAUGCAUACAAUUUCUAUUGGUUCAAAGAGGGCAGCAAUGUAAAAUCAAAUCAUCCUGAGAUUCAUCCAAACAAAAACAUCGAGUCAGAAAGGAUAAAGAUCAUGCAUCGUAGUCAUGAAACAAGAACAGGCUGUAAUUCAAAGAUACAGCUUCAGUUUGACAAGGAGAAUGCAAAGUACAAAGAAGCUGGACUACCAAUCAGAUCAUUGUACGAUUUGAUGAAAAUAGCCGCUGGAGGAAAGGAAAAUGUGGGGUUUUUUAAGUUGGACCUAAAGAAUCACAUGAAGAAAAGAAGGAAAGAAAUUUUCAAGGAGGGCGAAGCAAAUGCAUUACUGCAGUAUUUUGGCCAAAGAUCGGUGGAUAAUACCUUAUUCUUUUAUGAAAUUGAAGUUGAUUAUGAAGAUAUGAUUGCUAAUAUAUUCUGGUCAGAUGCAAAAAUGAGGGAAGACUACGCAUUGUUUGGGGAUUCUAUUACGUUUGAUACCUCAUACCAAACAAAUAAGAACCACAGACCACUAGGUGUUUUCGUGGGAUUUAAUAACCACCGCCAAACAUCUAUAUUUGGGGCAGCAUUGUUGUACGAGGAAACACAAGAUUCAUUCAAGUGGGUUUUCAAUACCUUCCUAAAGUGUAUGGGUGGACAAGCACCGAAAACUAUUUUUACGGAUCAAGAUUUGGCUAUGGCUCCAGCACUAAGAGAGACAAUGCCAACGACAUACCAUGCUCUGUGCACAUGGCAUAUUGUACAAAAUGCCAAAAAAAAUCUCAGUGCUCUUUACACUACAAGGUUUGCCGAGAUGUUUCAACAUAUUCUCUACGGGGUACAAGAUGAAAACCAAUUCAGCCUCAAGUGGGAGUAUAUGUUGCAGGCAUGCUUCCCCAAAGGGCCUCAUAAGUGGCUAUUGAAUAUUUAUUCAUUGAGACAACAAUGGUCUUCGGCUUGGACAAGACAACACUUUACUGCAGGGAUGAGAACAACACAACUGAGCGAAUCACUUAACUUCUCACUGAAAAAGUUAGAAAAUGCAACCUACAAGCCCCUAAGCUUUAGCAACUGA